GAUGGCAGUGGUACAAAGCAUACAAUUUUAUAAAAUAAAGGAGAAGAACCAGAACUCAAAUGUUCCUCCUCCUUACGCACACGGAUUAUUUCCUGGCGGACCAAUGAACCGGAAGUUACAUGUAAUGCUCAUGCGAGCCAGUGUUAUCAACAAAAAGUGUACCUGAAAUAGAUUAACAGUUUUAGCGGUUACAAGGAAUACACGUUUCCAAAUAAAACAUGUCCGACAACGAGGAUAACUUCGAUGAUGGAGAUUUCGAUUACGCCGAGGAGGAUGAGGGAUUAGACGAUCUUGAGAACGUUGAAGACGAGGAUCAGGAGAAUGUCCAGAUCCUUCCUGCGGGAGAGGGUAAGCAGGCAAACCAGAAGAGGAUCACCACACCGUAUAUGACCAAGUAUGAGAGGGCCAGAGUGCUGGGGACCCGAGCUCUGCAGAUAGCCAUGUGUGCUCCAGUCAUGGUGGAGUUGGAAGGAGAAACAGACCCCUUGCAAAUAGCUAUGAAGGAACUUAAAAGCAGAAAGAUCCCCAUCAUCAUCCGCAGGUACCUCCCUGAUGGCAGCUAUGAAGACUGGGGCUGCGACGAGCUCAUAGUAACUGAUUAGACAUCUCACCCAGCCUAGUCUUCCAGCUCCACGCAUCACAUCUGAGCUCUCUGUGUUUCACAAUCUUCUAUGUUGCAGUUUGCCACAUGCCUGUUCACGCAGAUUUAAGGAGACACCAUCAGAUGUUUUAAUUUAUUCUCACAAUUUUAACAGCUGUAGUGCAAGAAGGCACCACAAGGGGGAAACAAAACUUUAGCUGAACACGUUUCUUUCCUUUUUUUAUUCUUUAAAUAGUCCUGUGUUGUAAGAUUCCUUUAGUUGUUUUCCAAAGAAAUUAUUUGUGUAAAAUAAAUGUUUUAUUGAUAUGAAUAAACUCUUUUCUAUAA